AUGGCGCCGCGAUACUUUGGGCGACUGCCGGGAAAAGCACCAGCAAGUGCCCCGCCUACCCCGGCGCCGUUGAAUAGGAGCAUUAGAGAAUAUGUCAAAGCUGCCAAUGCUGUGGCGAAACCAGGCUCUUGGACAGCAAAGCCAGAAGUCCCCUCCUCUAACGAGAUUCUUGGUAUCGAUGAUGGUAUCAACCCUGGCGAUGCCGUCUAUCUUAUGCCAAACCAAAUCGAUGGGCCAUGGGAAUCUCGAGAUACCUACCUCAAAGCACACUACGAGCUUCUUCGUGAGGAUGCAAUUGCUCCACUUCGAGAUGCGGUGGCCUAUGUCCGCCAAGACCCGCGAAUGUUAGAUACCUUGGACGUUUGCAUCUAUGAGAAGGUUCAUAUCGUUGGAAUCACCUGUGCCCAAGCAGGGAUUGCCGUCAGAGUCCAGUUCUCAACGGCUCGAGCAGGCAAGAAUAUCGUCUGGGAAUAUUCCCAACGGCUGACGACUGGUAAAAUUGUUGCCCUGACCCCUACUAAUGAUGGCUUCAAACGACGAUGCGUUGUCGCCGUUGUUGCUGCAAGACCUUUGGAGGCCCUCAAGUCGCACCCGUGCGAGAUUGAUCUAUUCUUUGCCAACCCCGAUGAUGCGGAGUUUGACUACCAACAGGAAUGGCUCAUGGUGGAGUCAAGGAAUGGAUAUUACGAGGCAGUCAGACAUACCCUGAUGGCUCUCCAGAAAAUGAGUACGGAAAGUUUCCCGCUUUCCGAAUACAUCUGUGAUCUGAGUCACAAUGUAGCGCCGCCAGAAUAUGUCAAACGGGACUCUAUUAUUGAUAUGGCAGAGCUCUACUGUCAUUCAGAUGGACCGUCACGGGUAAAUGUGCUCGAAGAUUGGCCGUCCCCACCAGAAUCACUUGAUGGAUCCCAAUGGAAAGCACUGCGACAAAUCUUAACGAAAAGGUUGUCUAUUGUGCAAGGCCCGCCCGGAACCGGAAAGACGCACGUUUCUGUUGUCGCUAUAAAAACAUUGCUUUCGAAUAUGGCUCGCAAGGACCCGCCAAUUAUCAUCGCUGCACAGACCAAUCACGCUCUUGAUCAGCUCUUGCGCCAUGUUGCAACUUUUGAGCAGAAUUACGUCCGGCUUGGUGGAAGGAGUACUGAUCUCGAGAUCAGAAAACGAACAGUGUUUGAACUAAGGAAAAAAUAUAGCAUUCCUUUCGUUGUCGGAGGGGCGUUAAACCCCGCCAGAAAACACCACAAGCAACUUACAAAUCGGCUUGUGGAGUUAAUGGAACCUUUCAUACUGGAAAGGUCGAGCUUGCCUCUUCCCGCCACCCUUUUCCUCAAGCUAGGCAUCAUUACUCAAACGCAACACGAUUCAUUGAUCAAAGGCUCCGAGGGCUGGAUCUGCUCUGGUGACGAAAUGGACCCAGUUUCCUCCUGGCUAGGGGAGGGUAGAAUUAAGUAUGAUGUUACGUACAAAAUGGAGAAUUUCGGCUUUGUCGAAGACGAGAUCGAUCUCGAGUAUGAGCAACUAAAGGAGCUUGAAGCUGAACAAGGUCUUGACGAUGAUGAUUACGAAAGUCUUAGAGGUCAAUAUAUGGCUUUGAAGGAAGGAUAUCUUGGCCGCAUGAAUCCCAUGAUCACCGAGAAGGCAGUGAACGCCCAAUAUUUGAAAUGCGAUGAUAUGUGGAAGAUCCCAGCAUCUGCCCGUGGUCUUGCAACAAAUUUGAAGGUCGGCAAGUGGGAACGAGAUUCAAUUAUUUUGCGAGAUGCGAGGAUAAUAGGCAUGACGACCACUGGCCUCAGCAAGUAUAGAGCUCUCGUGUCGAGCAUCAAACCGAAGAUAAUUCUGGUUGAAGAAGCCGCCGAAGUGCUUGAGGCGCCUGUCGCCGCUGCAUGCGUUGAAAGUUUAGAACAUCUCAUCCUCGUCGGCGAUCAUAAGCAGCUCCAAGGACAAUGCUCCCUGAAGGAACUGGAAGGCGAGCCCUUUUACCUCAACAUUUCAAUGUUCGAACGACUCGUUCACAAUGGCGUCGAGUUCAAGUGCUUGACAAAACAGAGGCGAAUGGCACCUGAGAUCCGAAGGAUGCUUGCGCCGAUUUAUCAUAACUUGGAAGAUCAUGAGGCUGUUUUGAAUCGACCUGGUAUCCCUGGGAUGGGUAACUUGAGUUCUUAUUUCUUUUGCCACGCGUGGCCCGAAUCCUCCGAUAGCCUUCUAUCCAAGUACAACGAGAACGAAGCCAAGAUGGUUGUGGGAUUCUACCUCUAUCUGUUUAUGAAUGGAGUCUCCGCAGAACACAUCACCGUUCUGACGUUCUACAACGGGCAGCGAAAGAAGAUUCUCAAGGCAUUGAAAGACGCUCCAUUACUACAAGGGCAGUAUGCCAAAGUAGUCACAGUUGACUCUUAUCAAGGGGAGGAAAACGAAGUCGUGCUACUGUCACUUGUUCGUAGCGGCGAACACAAUAUCGGUUUUCUCUCUGUUGAAAACCGAGUCUGCGUUGCCCUGUCGCGAGCCAAACGUGGUUUCUAUAUCUUUGGGAACGCGGAAGCCCUUUCCAUUCGAAAUGGGCUCUGGUGGGAGGUUGUUCAAAUCAUGCGGAAAGAGCCGAAGCGACCCCGAGACGUGGAAGAAGCUGGAUGGGGGGUGUCUAUCCCUCUUUUUACCCACGAAAGGGUCAGGUGCGGACGGCCCUGCCGUCAACUCCUUCCUUGUGGCCACGAGUGCAAGAAGAAGUGCUUUCUUUCUUGCGAGUGCGAUUGUGAUAUCGCACAAAAAGCAGCCACGAUACAAAAGGCGGCGCAAUAUCCUGAAAAUAUAGCGGCGGACAUGCAUAUCAAACAGUUGGCGUCUGUUCAGCGCUAUCGGGAUUUUGCAAAUGGAGGUGCAAAAGAAGCCGAUGCUCAGCUUGUUCGCCAGACGAAACAGCUGGCGAUUGAGGAGGGAUUGAAACUUGCCGAUGAGCAAGCUUAUGAGUCGUUGUUUGGGGCCGAGGAAACCGAUCCAACUCCAGCAGAACACAGCGUCGUCGAACGCGUUCCAAACAUCAAUGGCCCGUCUCGGUACCGCUACACUCAAUACUAUUCGAGCGCCCCCGCUAAAGUGAGUACUGGAGGACCGAAGCAAAGCGAGCCCAGCCUCCUGGAUCUUUAA